AUGUACUUUAGGAAGCACGACGGCGUUGGGUUUGGAAGCAGGGGUACCAUCUACCACGUUAGCCCUGGAAUUGUCGUCAAAGCCUCUCACCCUUCCGCAAACGACGUCUCCUCAGAAGAAGAGCCGCCGUUUAUCCAAGAAGCCAAAUUUUACAAUCGCCUGAACGAGCAAGACGAUCGAUGCCAGCAUAUAAUCGAAUGUUUCAUUGCGCUGCCAGACUUUCUCUUCCUUUCGUACUACAGUAACGAUUCGCUCCACCGGCGGUUCUUCAACCGCCAGGAGAGGGGAAAGACACCGAGUGGCUUCUGGGGACACCUCAUCCGAGUUACCGAAUAUGAAGACCCCGCUCUCAUAGCUCGAUGGAUCCAGCAGCUUACUGCAGCCAUAGGAUACGUAGAGAAGCUGGGCUUCUGCCACAAUGAUAUCCAUCCGCGCAAUUGCCUUCUUGAUAAAAAUCUCAAUCUCAAGCUAAUUGACUUUGACCGCGCCACGCCUCCCGGGCCGUUACUUGAGGGUAGCUUUGCACCAUGGGCCCGAAAGUUAAUUGCUGGACCAUUGCAAAACACUUAUGGUCUCUGCUCCUCCCAGACCGAGCAGUUCUCCGUUGGGACGUUUCUUUACUAUAUGGUAUAUGGCCGUGAACCAUAUGAAGAUAUCAAUCUUUUAGACAAGGAUCCAAGUGAAAUGAGUCGCCGGUUUAGCCAUCUGGAGUUCCCAGAACUCAAUCGGAAUGAGAUCUUUGACUUCAUAAUUUCGUGUUGCUGGCACAAUACCUAUCCAAACAUGGAACUCGCCGCACAAGACAUUCAGAGCAGAACCAGUGAAAUUGCGCUGAAGCCAACGUACGAGAGUAUCAACCAUAUAAAGGGAAAAAGAAAAUGUGAGUCUCUGAUUCGCGAGGGAUUGCUUGGUCCCGAUUUUGCCCUUCGCUACCAGCCGAUAUAUCGAAAGUAUUUACUGCGGAUCUGGAAGACUUUGACUGGCUGGCCCUCAAUUGCCGAUGUACUGAAAAAAUUCAGAUCAUCCUGGAUGUGGACUUCUUAUCGUCUAUGGCCUUCGUCUACCGCACCUGAAUUCUUUGUUAAUGAUAAGAGCGACUAG